GCAGUCGUAUUCUGAGGUCGGGGCAUUUCCGCAUCGAUAUCAUGUUGAUGGAGCUCCAUGUGCGACUAACUAUCUGAGUCAGAUUGAUUUCAGAUCAUCUAUGGGUCCCCGAUGGUCCUCUCAGUGUUGGACUGAAACAACUUAUUUAAGUUUGGUAGAGGAGCUUAAUGCCCCUUGCUCUGAAGUGUCUACAAUUACUUACAUGGAUAUCCUGAAAGAUAAGAUGCAGAAUUUAGUGGAGAACUACAAUCUGGCACACAAAAAUCAGUAUUUUGUUUGACCAUUGGACAGCAAGAGCUUUUGCUGAAAUUACUGUACAUAGAAUAUAUGAGCUGCCUGUAAUAAACCUACAACACUUCUAUGUGUCGUACGAUGGAGUUGUGAAAAGGAUUUAUUACUUGACAUGGUUGCCAGAUGUCCAGGAGUUCUAUCUUGAUCAAUGCUUCCCUUUUUCUCGCCUCUUCCUUUUUGAAAGGGGGUUUGGGGUUGCUUGCUAUUGGUACAAGCACCUUCCUUAUUAGUUGCCUUCUAUAUUGAUCAUUUUAUAUCGGUAAGUACUAGAUAUACCUGUCUUUUUAUUAGGUCUCUUCUACUCCAUUUGAUACUCCUUAAUGUGAACUUUAAUAUAUGCCUGAUAAAGUUUCGUAUGUUGGUAGAAUUUCAUCUCGUCUUGCCAAAGAUGAUCGAAAAAAAUAUGCCAAAGAAUAAUCGUAUCUCUUAUGUACAUGUGUCUCUUUGCCUAGAAUAUUUAAAUAUAAGCAACAUGAGCCAUUCAAUUAAGUAUGGUUUUAAUGCAUUCUUUCAUUAUGUUUUUGCUUCUUUCUUCCUAAGCCCAUGCGAAGAGAAGUGAUUGAUUUCAUUAGAUCAAGAUGCCCCAAAGUUAACUGGUUUUUGUUCCUUACUAGGCAAGGCAUCUCUUGUCUGGACUUCGACAAUAAGGGUUACUACUUGGCAUCUGUAACAAAAUCAGGCUGCCUGACAAUUCAUGAUUUUGAAACCCUUUACUGUCAGAGUAAUCAACCAUGUUCAAAGGAGAUUGAAGCCAAAAACGUGAUGCAUCUUUCCUCACCAGAACAACUUGAUGUUGUUCGUUGGAAUGUUGCUUGCCAAAAUGAGGUUGUUUGUGCAUCUCUGAAGAGUAAUGAAAUAUCUUUGUUCGAUAUUGGCUAUAUUUCCUCCGAGCCAGUUGAAAUUUUAAGAGCAAGGCAGUCUGUCAACGUUCGCGGGUCCAAUGUACAUAAAGGUUUCUCCGACAUUGCUUUCACUUCUACAGCUGCCACAAGGCUAUUUGCUUCUGAUACACAUGGUACAGUUAAUAUAUGGGAUAGAAGAGUGAGUGUCUUUCCAUAUGUGGAGCUCACUACUGGUUCGCAUGAUUCACUUAACAGUCUCCAAUUAAACAUUGAAAAUCAGACCAUCUUUGGAGCUGGUAAGCAUGGCAUGAUUUAUAUGUGGGAUAUUCGUGGAGGAAGGACAGAAACUGGUGCUUUUCAACGUCCUGGAGAGGUGCAAAAUUUGCCUCUUACGUCAUUCAAGGUGACUGCAAUGCUGGACAAAAUCGAGACUUUAAAGGCACAAUCAGACAUUGUUACCAAGGAAGUACACUCGAUUGAUCUUGAUCCUUCUUGCCCAUAUCAAUUGGCAUUUCAUCUUGAUGAUGGCUGGUCUGGAGUUUUGGAUCUCUACAAUCACUGUGUAACUCAUAUUCACUGCCCUCCCCCAGCAUGGCUGAUGGGUGCCGAUCUGUCAAGCAAUUUAUUCUACUUGAGGAAACCAUCAUGGCUUCCAACAUAUUCGAUCUAUGCGGUUCCAUCAGUACCUGAAAAUGGAAUUCAUAUUCUGGAUUUCUUUCCAGAUGUCAGUUCCCCCAGUCAUGUGGACUAUUUUGAAGAUAUGCGUAAGUCUUCCAAAGUUAGUAGCCGAACUAGGCGAAAUAGAUCUAUUCCUCUGUCUGAAGGUGUCACAGCAUGCGCUACUCAUCCGGCCAAUGGUACCAUAAUUGCUGGAACGGAGCUUGCUUCACUGCUGUUGAUAUCUCAAAAGCAUGAGAGGCUCUCGGGUGAAUAAUGUUUGUUGAAGCCCCAAGGAAGAAGAUGGUAUUCUGCUGGAAAUGAGCUCUAUAAUCCAGUGGAGGUGUUGAAUUAACCGAAGAAUUUUGCAGAACAGAAUCUCUCAUUGCGACCCUACAAAACAGAGAAUCGAAUGGCUUUGAGGCCCCUGGUAAAGAGGAAAAGGCUGCAGAAGGAUUUGACUUUCAUGGGAUACUGUAGAAAACAGAAGAUACAGAUAACUGAUGAGCAUUGCAAAAGAAGCAGUACAUAGGUACUACUGUAAAUGUGAAGACUGGGAGUAGUUUCUCUAUUGGCCUCAGUGAUAGCUCCUUUAUGUGUUUAGCCAUUACUGUGCAGUCGGCUUGAGUAGUGAAUUUAGGGUCCUCGGAAACAUUUCUCCUUGAGGCUUCUUUUAA